AUGUCUUCGUCGGGAAAGAAGUUUCUGAUGCGGCAUCCGGUGGUGGUGGACCUGGGCUGCGGCUGCCGGCGGGGGAAGCUGUCCUCCCUCUUCUCGGCGCAGCCGAAGCCGAGGACGAAGACGAAGGAGAAACCCUAUUCAGCUCCCAAGGAGCAGCAGCACCACCACCACCAUUACCGCCACCCUCUCUCCUCGUACUACCCCUUCUCCCCCUCCACCUCCGCCACCACCGCCGCCACCUCCCCCUGGGAAACCAGCAACAAUCCCUCCUCCAUUUCCACUACCACCGCCUCCCUCUACGACGACGACGCCUCCUCUCCGUCCUCCUACGCCAACUGGGGAAAGAAGCAGAAGCAGAAGCCGGAGCCCGCCGCCAAGAAGCCCGCCGGGGGGAAGCGCCGUGGGAAGGGCCGCGUGGGGGAGAGCGUGGCGGUCGUGAAGGAGUCGGAGGACCCCUACGUUGACUUCCGCGACUCCAUGCUGCAGAUGAUCCUGGAGAAGGAGAUCUUCGCAUGGGAGGACCUGCAGGACUUGCUCAACCGGUUCCUCGCCCUCAACGCACCCUGCCACCACGACGUCAUCGUCCGCGCCUUCUCCGAGAUCUGGAACGGCGUCUUCUCCUACGUCUCCGCCCCUCCUCCGCCCCCCUCCGGCGGCGCCGCCGCCGCGCCGUACCGGAAGCACGGGAGGCCCCGCGGCGGGCCUCGCCGGAAGCCUCCCACACGUCUCUGA